GAGUGUGAACAGUUCUCUAUCAGCAGCUUCCAUUGCCGAGCAGCAGCUGUUAGAGAAACCCGUUUCUAUGGAGACGAGUUCACAAACUUCCAAACAGAGUGGGUGCAACAGCUUUUUGACCGCUUGCACAAUGAAUUCAGAAAAUUCCUUACUUUUCUCUGGUACCUAUGAUGAACCAGGGAAAUCUGGUGUCAGAACAGGGUACAGAACACAAGAUGGGCACAUCUCCCAGAUCCCUGGACUGUCCCCAACCAUUAGCACCCCACCCGAGGAGAGGCUCAAAGGGAGAAGAGUUGCAGUGCUGGAGAGCGAUUCUGACUACGUAAAACUUGCAAAGCAAGGAGGACAUAAGGGGCUUUUGUGGCAUGAGGACAUAAAUGUUUUUACACCAAAUGCGUACAAACCUCCAGACUGGUUCUGCACUGAAUCGGGAGACCCCACUACAGCAAGCAGCCAGCAAAAAAGCCCUGGAGCCCACCCACCACUAGAGGCUCCCUUUGGGACAGACAACAUUUCACCAGAGGAGGAGAAAGAUGAGGACGACAGCAGUGGAAAAGAAAAGGAUCCAGAUGCUGAUUGCAACCUGAUGGAGAAGUUGCAGACUUCCAAUCAAUAUGGGAGCAACAAGUAUAAGAGAAUAACUUUUGACAAGAAACCAGCUCCUGUUGACAUGACUAAGCUGUUGAGGUUUGGCUAUGCAGAAGACAGCACACCUCAACAGUGAUUCAUCCAGUAAGAUGUGCAGCAGUAAGACUGGAAGACUGCCAGAUGUGCAGAAAAAGGAUGCAUGCACUUCAAGAAGAACAGUUGCCAUCUUUUCUUCUGACAUUAAUUUCUCAACUUUGUCCUGCUGAACGAGAUCAAGCAUUUUACUAAGUUCAACAUCUGUAAAAGUGUGAAAGUGAUGAAUUAUGGCUGUAUUGCUGUAUUUAUUCUUGCCUGUAAGUGGUGCCUCAUUAAUUUCAUCUGUUAUGUAACGGAGAUGCAUUUGUUAAAGUUUCUCUGCUUAUGUGAAAAUGGGUAAACGAUUACUAAAAUAAAGUUGAAAUUCCAAAUUA